AUGGUGGUGAGAGUGCGCGACUGCCCCGCUUCCCAAAUGCAAAUCGAUAUCUGCUACCAGUGCUUCGGCAACCCCGAUGAUGGGCUGCCGGCGGUGCUGCUGAUCGGCGGCCUCAACAUGCAGCUCACCGCGUGGGAUGAGUCCUUCUGCGAAUCUCUUGUGUACGCCGGCUUCUAUGUGAUCCGCUACGACAACCGCGAUAUCGGGUAUUCCACCAAAAUCGAAAACUGCGGUAAGAUCAAGGCGCCGAUGCUGCUGCUGCCCGGCCGCGCGGCCAAGUGGCUCGGCGAGGAACUCCCUUAUCAGCUGGAGGACAUGGCGGCAGACGCUUGGGCGCUUCUCGACGCACUGCACAUCCCCUGCGCGCACUUAUUCGGCAUCAGCAUGGGGGGAAUGAUUGCGCAGCUGGCGGCACUGCAGGCGCCAGAGCGGACGAUGAGUCUCACGAGUGUCAUGUCGUCGACGAACGCGCCGGACCUUCCGGAGCCGGAGCUGUGGGUGAAACUUUGGAUGCUGCGCUGGCCACCGCGCAACUGCACCGUCGAUGAGUUGCUGGAGUUCCGCGUCCACUCGCUGCGCCACCUCCUCCGCUACGCCUUGCCCCCCGACGGCGAGUACCUGAAGAGGCGGUUCUUGAUGUCGCUGCGGCGUAGCUCCUACGCGGAUGGGUUAGUGCGGCAGGCCGCCGCGAUCCGCCGCGCCGCCGGGCGCGAUGCGCUGCUGCAGCAACUACACGUCCCCGCCCUUGUCGUGCAUGGUGUGCAUGAUGUUGUGGUGCCGCCGAUGAACGGCUAUCGGACGGCGACGAUGUUGCCGUAUGCGCGGCUGCUCGUGCUGAAAAGCAUGGGCCACUAUUUCCAUCCGGCCUUCUUUUCGACUAUCAUUGCUGUAUUUGUGGACAUGGCAGCCUCGACAGAUCCUGCGAAGCGACACCUGCGCCCGGUGCUGCCGAUAACGAGCGGCGAUAGCGCCGACGACCGGGGCGCGGGGGGGAAGUCAGCAUCGGUGGAAGAGUUGGGCGCUUGUGAUUACGAGGAUGAGCCCUCUGGCGAGCCAGGCGACGCUAUAGAUCCGAAGACACGCAUGAUGGCGUCACUGGGCGAAUACAUUGUGCCGGUCGUCGCAGAUGCUGAGUCUCCGAUCGGAAAGGCGGUCUGCCGGUCAGUCAUGGUGGCCAUACCGGGUGGCAACAGCAACCCAGCCGUGCCGGAGGCCGUCAUAGUGGAGAACCUUUUUCAGCGUGAUCCCUACGCAGCGGUGAGCGUGCCGACACCAGCCAUCGCGAAGCGCCCAGUGCCGUCGUCGUCGCCACAGUCGGCAAAGCAGCGGGCCGCACCUGCGGUAUCCACUGGUGACGGGCUGAUGAUCGCUUCGUUACGGGAUGCCAGAAGGAAAGUGCAGCGGUCGUCGUCUCGGGCUGCCAAGCUGCGCUCAUCUCCUCCGCCAUCACGCAUGGAAGGCGCUAAGCCGUUUGUAUCGUGCAGCCCCUCGCGCUGGCAUGAGUUGGAGCCGUUCCCUCAGCGCAGGGCUGCUGCUGCUGCUGUGGGCGGAGCUGGCAUAUCGGAGCUCAGCAGAGGUGGUCGUCCUUCGGCUGAGAAGACGGCGACAGGGUUCCCCGGCUCUUUCUCGUCGGCAUCCUCCUCGGUAGCUGCCCUGGCUGUGGAGACGCCCGCUUGCUCGGCCGUUAAAGCCGCCGAGGCGGCUGAGGCACCGCUGUGGCAUCGACUUCCUCGUUUCCACCCAGUGGUGGCGGGAGUCACCGUGGAGGAGUACUUGCGCACGCAUCCGACAGCGCCAAAGGGUAGCGGCAUUAUACCCGCCACUGCUGCGGGCAGCACGGCGGUUGCCGGGGCUGGAAGGGCGAGCGAGACGGCUGCAGCCGUCCAGGCAAACGACGACGCGACACUCUCCGUUAGCGCGGCGAAUGGUGCAGUGGCGCCUCGUGAUGCGGCUUUGGCAGCUUCACCAAUGGCGCCCACUGUUGCGGUCACCGGGGGCGGUGCGGUAACAGUCAAAGCAGCGCAUGAUGAGUCACCUUCCCUCUCCCCCGCGUCCCGCGUCUCAUCGGAGGAGCGACGCGCUGAUGAAGCCUUCUUGCACUCCGAGGCGCCGCAAGACGUUGUCAAGGCAUCCUCCUUCACCUCCCUGUGA